AUGACCACUCUUGUUUUAUUCCUCCAAUUUCUUUCCAUCAUCCCAUUAGCAUUUGGGUUAGGGCUAAACCACCCAAACUGUGACCUCACCACCACUCAAGACCAAGGCUCUACCUUAAGAAUCUUCCACAUCGACAGUCCUUGCUCCCCUUUCAAAUCAUCAUCCCCACUCUCAUGGGAAGCGCGUGUCCUGAAGACGCUGGCCGAAGACCAGGCCCGUCUCCAGUACUUGACCAGCCUCGUCGCCGGGAGAUCUGUCGUCCCCAUCGCCUCAGGUCGUCAAAUGUUGCAGAGCACAACAUACAUUGUCAAGGCUAAGAUCGGUACUCCGGCUCAGUCACUGCUUUUAGCCAUGGACACCAGCAGUGACGUGGCUUGGUUGCCGUGCUCUGGCUGCGUUGGCUGUCCUUCAACCACCGCCUUUUCUCCGGUCAAGUCCACCACUUUCAAGAACGUCAGCUGCAGCGCUCCUCAGUGUAAACAGGUGCCCAACCCCACGUGCGGAGCAAGCGCGUGCGCUUUCAACCUCACAUACGGAAGCUCCUCCAUCGCCGCUAACCUCUCUCAGGAUACCAUCCGCCUUGCCGCCGAUCCGAUCACAGCCUUCACAUUCGGCUGCGUCAACAAAGUAGCCGGCGGAGGAACCAUCCCACCACCACAGGGUUUAUUGGGCCUAGGACGAGGCCCAUUGUCGCUCAUGUCACAGGCUCAGUCCCUCUACAAGUCCACCUUCUCUUACUGUUUGCCAAGUUUCAAGUCUCUCGCCUUCUCGGGAUCGUUGAGACUCGGACCCACCGCGCAGCCACUGCGCGUGAAGUACACGCCACUCCUGAGAAACCCGAGGAGGUCUUCUUUGUAUUACGUCAAUCUCGUUGCCAUCCGCGUCGCUAAGAAAGUCGUCGAUAUACCGCCGGCAGCUAUUGCUUUUAAUCCCGCCACCGGCGCUGGAACCAUCUUUGACUCCGGGACUGUGUACACGCGGCUGGCUACGCCGAUUUACGAGGCGGUGAGGAACGAGUUCAGGAAGCGCGUGAAGCCACGUACCGCCGUGGUGAAGUCACUUGGGGGUUUCGACACUUGCUACUCAGAGCAAGUCACUGUCCCGACAAUAACGUUCAUGUUCAAGGGAGUGAACAUGACGAUGCCCGCGGAUAACCUGAUGUUACACAGCACCGCCGGGAGCACGUCGUGCCUCGCCAUGGCCGCGGCGCCGGAAAACGUAAACUCUGUCGUGAAUAUAAUCGCAAGCAUGCAGCAGCAGAACCACCGUGUGGUGAUCGACGUUCCCAAUGGACGGAUUGGUGUGGCACGUGAACGAUGCUCUUAA